UAAUAAUAAUUACCAAUUAGGUAUCAUUGACUAUCGACUACAACAACUGUCUACUAGAUUAUCAGUCGGUUGAACUGUUGAUGUUGAAUUGUUGAAGUACCAUUUUAAAUUAAUUUAAAAUUAUUUACCUCCAUUUGGACGUAAAUAUUUUCUAAAGUUUAACAUUAGAAUAUAUAGCUUUUCCAUAUUUUCAUAAUGACAAGAUCAAAAGCUUUUCUUUCAUUAGUUAUAUUUUCAACAAUAUUUGUACAUGCUCAAUCAUAUUUAUUAUGCUACCAAUGUGUUUCAACACAUCCUGGUUGUGGCACACCAUUUAAGUGGUUAUGGCAUAAAACAGUGUCUUGUCCUGAAGAAGAUGAUAUAUGUGUAAAAGUCAUUGAGAAAGUUGGAGCUGAAGAACGUAUUACUCGUGAUUGUUUGAGUUCAUUAAAAGGUUUUCGAACAGAUAUUCCUGCUGAUAAGUAUGAGGGUUGUAGAAAAAGUUCCCUCGAUGUUAAACUAGGCCACUAUGUGAAUAAUUCAAUUCCUGAGUUGGAUAUUAAACGAGAUUAUUAUGAUUCAACUACUUGGUGCUUUUGCUAUUUUGACCAUUGGUGUAAUUCAGCUAAUAUAUCUACAUCUUCCAAUUUGCUUAUUGUGCUGAUAAGUAUAUUUUUUUUUGUUCGUAAUAUUGACCAGUAAUUAUAUUUGCAUAACAUACAUUUAAUGUAUAAGAAUCAUGAUUAUUAUAUGUACUGAAAAAUCAAACAUUUAUUUAGGUUUUUGGUUUUAUUAUUUACGAAUAAUUUAAAAUGUUGUUGAUAAUGAUAUAUAUUAUUUUUAUAAUAUGUUUGUAUUCAACCAUAUUGUGAAGUUUUGGUAUACAUUAACUAUAAUUUUUAUUUAAUUUUGUUAGCUAGAAGAACUACAGUAUUAUGAUUUCAAAUAAGUAUUUAAUAAUUUAUAAUUAUUAUAGCACUAUUACCAAAUAGGUUUAUAAUAAACCUUUCAUUAAUAUUAAGUAUCAUUUAUGUUCAAAGGUUAAUUUAAAACACCAAACAUUUAAUUUUCAUAUUUAAUCACAUAUGUUUUGUCUUUUAUUAUAUAACUUUGAUUUAUUAGUUUAUUGAUAAAUUAUUUCUUAGUGGAACUGUAUUAUAUUAUAAUUAAUAUUAAGGUAACUAAAUCCGUCCAUGUUAUACUAUUUUUUUUAUAUAACUAAAAAUCUAUAUUUUUUUUGUUUUUUUUUUACCGAAAUAAAUUUUUUUAUACUAUAUUAAAAUAUUUUGUGUUUUAUUGAUAAAUAAAAAAUUUGAAUUUUUAAAUAACUUGUAGGAAUUUGGUUUUAAUUGUUUAUUAAUUAAUUAAUUAGAAUAAAUUAGAAUAAAAUACAUUAAUUAUAAUAUAUUUAUUUACAUUUGUUAAACAUCAAUAAUUUGAAGUAUAUCCAGAAAUACUAUCAUAUUAGUACAUAUAUAUUAUAUAUAUUAUUUUUGUCUUUUGAUACUUAAGAUUAUAUAUUUUUAAAUUAUGACAUUACAAAUUAUUAUAAUUUUUUAUGUAUUACCAUAAUCAAGGCAUUCUAAAUUUUUUAUAUUAUUAAGCUACUCAUGUAAAUAUUACAGAUUAAUUAACCAUAGAUUACAAAAAAUUCACUAUUUUUAUUAUUGAAAUUUAAAAAUUUUUUUUUUUUAGUUUUUGAGUUUUUGUUUUUGAUAAAAAUAUAUUUCAAUUAUUUAUCUUUAUAAUGUCAUCAUUAUUUCACCAAUAAAGAUUUAAAUAAAUGAACACAA